AUUAAUUUCAAUUGAAAAAAAUAAGGAAAAUUUAUAUUUUUUUGCAUAAAAAUAUAAUAAAAGUGUUGUUUUAUCUGUGUGUAUAAGAAUUUCCAUGAAAAAUCGCACCCAACUAUAAAUAAAAAGUGUUUAAAGUUAUUAAAAUUGCAGCCGGUCGCUGUUUCUACUUCACCUGGCCGUUCGUAGCGUUUAUACGAAGUGUAUAAAAGUGUUGGUGUUAUUUGUGUUUUUUUAUGCAGCUAUAAAUCUGGCAACAUAAAAUUUUUGUUUUUUCAUGUUUAUAACGAAAUUGUGUAAAGCAUUUUUAGGCGCUUUUUUAAAUGACUGUCUUAGUUUUAUCACAACUGAUGGAGAUGAAAGAUUUAGGUAAAUGUCUUAGAUAUUAACAAAUUUACAAAAGAAAAUCUCCGGAAAUAUUAAAGAAUACGUAUUAAAGUUUUAAAAUUUGUGUCGGUUACCGGUUUUCUUACCAUCUUUUUGUUCAUUGCAUUUAAUCACAAUGUGUGAGAGUAAAAGCGUGUAAUAUUUUUAGUGAAAAAAGCAAAGCUUUUUAAAAUGUGUUAGAAAAAAGUUCUUUAUAUAAAAGCAAAUAAAAAAUGUGAAAAAGUCUCUAACUUUAAUGUUGUGAAAGCAGAGAACCGGAAAUGGAAUGUAUAAUCUUCAAAUUUAAAUGUAAAUAGGAGCGGAAGUUUUGUAAACACGCAAAAACUUGCAACUACAUAACUAUCUCCGCACAAUGCAAAAAUAUUCAGCUAUUAUUUGUAGUUUCAUAACAUUAAUACAUGGUAUUGGAUUAAAUCAUGCAGCACAUUAUGUUUCUAAAAACGAUGCAAAAGAGGAUUAUAAACCACAACCAACAUCACAUAUUAGGACGAGUACUGCGACAAUGGAAAACAGGGCAAUCAUUCAUAAUCUAAAUCAUAACAAUUGGAUUAUUACAUCAAAACCUCCACCAAUACAUGAUACUCAAAUAGAGAAUCAACCAUAUACUGACACAGAGUCUACUUAUUCUCCAGCAAAAUAUAAAAUAGUAGACUACAAUAAUGUGGAUGUUGUAUACAACAAGCAUUCGCUAGAUAACUCCCAGUACCAGUUCUUAGAAAAUAUAUACGAUUUAAAACAGCAACGAAGGUCGUCUCUUUUAAAACAGUUACAAAGUCAAAAGCAGGAAUUGAGUAGAGGUUAUGCAGACUUUAUAUACGAUCCAUACCAGCUGGCAACUACACCAAAAGAAACCACAGUGAGCUCUAAUGAUCACUACAAAACACGGUAUUUAGCUUCGUAUGUCACACCAUCGCCAUCGCAUUCAGAAAUGCAUCCAAACUUACACCAUCAUAUACCACGUAUAAACUACAAAAAAACACCAAUUGUGUCACAUGCAACAGGCAGCGAACCAUCACCAAUGACGACAACAUCCAUAAAAUCGCUUACAUCAAUGGAAAAUAUGCAGCAAUUUUUAACAAAAGUCAACGGAGUAAAAUACAUUAGAAAUAACAAAUUGAAUGAUUAUGAUAACACCGCUGAAGUCGUAUCAGAAUUUGUUAAGCCAGUAAAUAAAGAGGGUUCCAAACAAUAUCUGUUCGCGCCAAUGCGUCCUUCUUUAGAGAGAGAAUUGCCAUACUCUAGCAAUACUCUACCUUAUCCGCCUUCAUUUAUAUCCAUUACAACAACUGAAAAACCUUUAUUCAGCUAUAAGUCAGAAUACCAUAAAAUUCCAGAUUUAUUUAGCCAUCGACAGUCCAAAUCGUUGUGGGAUUCCUACAUACCUAGUUGGCAAAUAACAAAAAUGCUGCAACAGUUUAAAAAUAAGACUGUUUUCAACAACAAGAACAAUUUACAUACAUUGGCUUUCACUAGACAGUAUAAAAAUGAUAGAGAAAAAACAAAUAUAUAAAUUAAGCUUCUCUAUUUAUUGAUUUAUAAAUAGCAACUAUUUGCAUCUUAACACAAAACAGUUUGUUUAAAUUUUUUGGAUUUUAUACCAAAUCUUGUGGAAUAAAACUAGUUAUGACUUUAAUAAAACAAUUGUAAUUGAAAUAAUAAUAGAAAUGAGUUCCAUUUUGCAUGUAAUUGCACCUCUCCGCUAUCUAAUGACAUUAUGUGAGUAUGUACUCGUAAAGUAUCUCAUAAUAAAACUUCAAAUAUAUUCAAUAAAUCUCAAUUACAAAAGUAGCUUGCUUUUUCCCUAAAAGUAUAAAAACUUAGUUUUAAAUCAUUAUUCCAAAAUAACAUUUAAUUCUUAAAUAUCAUUAUUAUUAACAUUUCCUUACUUUCAACAAAUUGUUAUAAAUCAUGCUAAGGAAUAUUUUUUGCCAUUUCAAUGGUAACGAAUAACUGGAAAAUCUCAGUUAAGAUUAAGAUAUGACACAAUUUGUUAAAUCAUUAUUACUUUUACUCAAAACACACCAGACAAGGUAUUUACUAUGCGCCACAAUAAAGCUUGUCUAUUUGUGGUGUAUGGUUCAAGUAAAAUGGAAACUGGGAGGUUAUAUUCAUAUACAUACAGACCUAUAAAUAAAUGUAUGUUUGUACGUAUCUUGUUGUUAGCGCAAACUAAGCUGGUAAUAAGCAACAUGUAACAAUUUAAACCGUUGAUAAACACAAAUACAAUAUCCACACCUUGUUUGCUUUAAAAAAGAAACAAAAAUUUUAAUCUCUUGAAAAGUGAAGAAGAUGAUGUCUUAGAAAUUUUCACAAGUAGGAAGUAAACUGUAAAAAUGAAAAUUUUAUUUAAAAUUGUUGAUGGCUUAACACAGAUGUGACUGCUGCCUUUAGUGGUUUUGUUAGUUAUUAAAAGUGUUUCUGCAUCUCCUUUGGCAAAUUUAAUAGUGAUCAAGAAAUAUUGUUUAAAAAAACUUUAAAUUCAACCGAAAACUUUUUACAUUUUUCAUAGCAAACUCUUCAAAAAUAAUAAUAAAUGUUAUGUUGAGUUUAAUGAUGCAAUAUGUGUUUUAUGUUUACUAAAUAAUUGGUGAUAACUAUAUAAUUUGAAUAUAUGUCAUAAAUAAGUACAUAAUACUAACACAUUUCUUUAAAUAAGUUAAAUAUUUUACAUAUUUAACCAAUUUUGUAUGCAAAUAUAAAUUGUUUUAUUGUUCAUAAUUUAUAGAUUUUCAUUUCUCUUUAAAUGUCUAAAGAUCUAAAUGUUUUAUUAACCUAAUGACUUGGUUGCUUAAGCAAAUUAAUAAAACGUACUGAGUUUCUUAUUGAUUACUCACCUUUUAUAAUGAAAUUAUAACAAAACGUGAGUUAAACGGUUAAUCAUGAAAACACCAUAGUUCAAAACAAGUUAUUUGUUUAAUAAAUAUAUUAUGGAAAAAUUAAGAAAAAAUAUAAUAAAGUAUUAACUAAAGAAUCGCAAUACAUAUGUACACAUAAUAAUUUAGUAAAUGCAUUUAAAGAAUUUUUGUGAAAUGGGAUCGUUCAAGGUCUUGUUAAAAUAAACGAUAAUUGGUAUUGAUUUUUAGUUGGAGGUUAUAAAUUAAUAAAAAAGCGUAGAUUGACAUGUA